AUGGACCAGGGAAAGGUCAAUGAAGGCUUAAAUAAGCCUGUUACCGAACAUGAAAGGCGGGUCUACGCACGGUUUGGAAGUUUGCCUAAGCAAAACAUCCUCCUACGUUCGCAAGUGAAGGAACGCAAAUUCUUCGACUCUGGAGAUUUUGCCAUUUCCCAGGCUACCAAUGACUCUGUGACUGGCCAUCCGCAAACGGGAAAGCAACAUCCUGCAUCCAACGAGAUUCCUCAUCUUUCCUCACCCGUACCCAGCGAUAGCAACGUGAAACCGGAUGCCAAUACUUCGCAACACCGCAAAGUUAUCAACAGCCCGAGAGAAUCCACCUCUCCCGAAACGGACCACCAGUAUGAACCAGGGAAAGAGCAAAGCUCAAAACUCGCUCGCAGCCUCGAGUAUAAUCAGAAGGAGUCUUUUGGCGUGACGGCGCAAAAUUCAGCGCGGAAUGAUAGCAAAGCAGCUUGA